ACGGUAAGUUUGAAUCAACUUGAAAUCGUUUUCACAUCGAUUCACAAUAAUUUUGUAUUGUACAGGGUGUAUUUAGGCCACGAAAAAGUGCUUCAAACGAGCAGUGUAUCGUCUUUAACCGACGACCCCUCCCCCUAUUAGUCCGUUAAAUCGAGGUUCUACUGGAGAUUUAAAAAACUUCUUUUUUUUUUUAUUAUUUCGUUUGUGUGAGCCAUUGCUCCAUCUACUGGAACUUAAAAGCAAUUGCAAGGUUUUUUUUCCCCAUGAGCGGUCAGGUGACCUCACCAGUAGCUAUAUUUAGUUUAGCUUAGCUUACAGACCAGCUGAAGAGCGCAAACGAGGUACAAGAUGGCUGAGGGCGUCGUGCUGCGACAUCACACGGCAGCCAUUUUAGCGAGCGGCUCGGUCAAUUCCCUGAAAACUUUGUGGGAAACCAAGAUCCAGAAAAUCCAGGACAACCGGGAGAAGCAGAGCAGGAGGCCGCGCAGCAGGUUGGGCGCAGCGGCAGCGGGCGUUUGGGAGGAGCGCCACACUCUCGCUCGCCUCAGAGACAAACUGAAGACACAAGAUGGACGCCUGGUUCUGCGCCUGGAGCACGAGGAGUGGAAGGCGCUGCCGGGCUGCCUGGUCCGGCUGAGUCAGAUCCAGGAGUGGCACAUCCACCGGACCGGACUGCAGAAGAUCCCCAACUUCGUCUCCUGCUUCCGCGAUCUCCUGGUCCUGGAUCUGUCGCGGAACGGGGUGAAAGAGAUCCCCAAAGAAAUCGGCGGGUUGAAGCGACUCCGAGAACUUUUGCUCAGCUACAACAGAGUCCUCUUUGUUCCGGAGGAGCUCGGAGACUGCGAGAGUCUGGAGAGGCUGGAACUCGCCAUGAACCGAGACCUGGACCAGCUUCCGGACAAGCUGUGCCAGCUGAGGCGUCUGGAUCGUCUGGACCUGUCCAUGAACGCGUUCGGCGCCGUCCCGCCGUGCCUGCUGCGCAUGCCGGCGCUGGAGUGGCUGGACAUGGCGGGGAACCGGCUGCGCGCCCUACCCCGAGACAUCCACAGGAUGGAGAAGCUGCACGCGCUGUGGCUGCAGAGGAACCAGCUGGAGAAAGUUCCAGAGAACAUCAGCAGGAUGCCCCGCCUGGACACGCUGGUCCUGAGCAGCAACCGACUGAUGGACAUCCCCCCCGUCAUGGAGGACAUGGCCAACCUCAGGUUCGUCAACUUCCGGGACAACCCGUUGGCGCCGGAGAUGGCCACAACUGACGACGGCGACGACCGCGAGAUGUUCGGACGAGAAUUCAUGCUGACGUACAUCCGGGAGGCUCGGAAGAGAGCGCAUGCCGCGCUUAACGUGCACGCGCUCUCUCACGCGUGACCCACCGGGACGGCGGACGCCCAAGUGGAUUACGAGUAAACAUCGGAAGCGGCAGAAGAAGAGCCGGCAGGUGUGGCUGUCAUCAGGACGUUCUCCAGGGUCACCUGAGCGCUGACGUAACGCGUCAGCCGUCCGCAGAAUCCUUUGCUGCGCAGGAACUCGAUUCUACCGGCGUCGAUCAGAAGUUUGCAGCGGCGUCCGAUCCGCUCGCGCUUGCCCGGCGACAGAAAUCUACCGACGGAUCACAGAAAUAAACGCAAAUAAGCAAAGUCA